AUGACAAGGUUCACAAGAUUUCAAGAUGAUCCGGUUACCUACACAGUUUGGAACAUAACCGAAGAAUUAGGAGUGAACCCGUUGGAAGAAAUCGAUCUGUUAGUCAAAUGGCUUGGACCCAAGUCCUCAAAGCAGGCAUUGAGUCUCCGUUCAGCUAAUGCCUACAACCCUGUUUGUGGACUACAUCGCAUAUGGGACAGACUGGACGCACGCUAUGGCACACCAGAGCUGGUGGAAUCAGCAUUGAGGAAGAAGAUAACAAGUUUUCCCAAGCUCACGAACAAAGACAACAAGAGGUUAUACGACCUCCUCGACUUGUUACUUGAAGUGGCUUCCCUGAAAGAAACGCCAGAGUAUAUGCCUCUUUUGGCUACCUACGACACUUCUCUUGGAGUAAACCAGAUUGUCAGCAAGAUUACUUAUUACCUCCAGAACCGGUGGAUGUCAAAGGCGGCGAAUUUCCACUCGGACCCGAUAGAAUCGAGAAAAGCAAAGGAAGACACCGUGGUCAAACAAAUCCGCACAAGAAAGACUAUCGUCGAUCAACCCUCGUCUGAACAACCUAGUGACAAAAGGUGUCCCCUGCACCCACAUUCAAACACUCAUUGCUUGGAUACCUGCAAAGAAUUCGCCAAAAGAUCCAUUGAUGAGAAAAGACAAAUUCUCAAGGACAACAGGAUAUGCUUUAGAUGUUGCGCAAGUGACAAGCAUCUGAUUAAAGACUGUAAAACUGAGGUUAAAUGUGCCGAGUGUAAGAGUCGGAAGCAUGUGACAGCUCUUCACAUUCAUAAGUCAGAGAAGUCAGCAAACAGAACGACACCUAAGCUAGAGGUGGUCAAGCAGCCAGACGCUGUAUCUGUGGCAAAGUCAGAUUGUAGUCCUACUGUUCCUGACGGCGGGGAGGACACAGAUGUCACCUGCAACUGUGCGCAACUCUGUGGUGCACACGGAGCAAGUAAAUCUUGUGCCAAAAUUGUGAAAGUAAAUGUCCAUCUUAAGGACAACUCUAACAGAACAAUGCAACUUUAUGCACUCAUAGAUGACCAAAGCAAUCGGUCCUUAGCCUCACCAGAACUUCUCGACAACUUCAAGGAUUUAACGGAGGCGGAAAGAAUCCAAUACACAUUGUCAUCGUGCGCAGGUACAGUUAAGACAACAGGGCGCAGAGUGAAAGGUUUGGCCGCAACAAGCAUGGAUGGCGAAACAACAUAUGAACUGCCUACUCUGAUAGAAUGUUCAGAGAUUCCGGCCAACCCGAGUGAGAUUCCCAUCCCAGAGACAGCAGCGAUGCACCCGCAUCUCAAGGAUAUUUCAGAUCAAAUACCACCCCUUGACACCACAUCUGGCAUACACUUGCUUUUGGGGAGAGAUGCCGUGGACAUUCAUCAUGUUCUAGAUCAGCGGAUAGGUCCAAAGGGAUCGCCAUUUGCUCAGAAGAUAGGUCUAGGAUGGGUGAUUAUUGGAGAAGUUUGCCUGAACAAGGUGCACACACCUAAUCUCGCCCUCAAUGUGAAUAAGACUUACACAGUGAAGGGACACGAUUCCAUAUUUGAACCGUGUCAGUACAACUUGUCUCUACGGGAGGAUGAUGUCAAGGACAAGCUGUUCGAGAGAACUAAGGAGGAUGACAAACCAGGGUGGUCUGUAGAGGACAGACUUUUUAUUGAGGUGAUGAACAGGGAGUUUUUCAAAGAUAAGCAAGGCUUUUGGUCGGCACCACUGCCUUUUCGCCUCCCAAGGAAGAUUAUGCCAAACAACAGGAGCAUGGCUUUACAGAGAGCCAAGGCGCUCCAAAAGAGUUUAAAUGACAACCCCGUCAAGAAACAACAUUUCGUCACCUUUAUGGAUAAGGUUAUCUCAUCAAGCGCAGCAGAAGUUGCACCUACAUCUGAAGGGGAAGUGUGGUAUUUGCCAAUUUUUGGUGUCUACAAUGCACAGAAACCUAACCAAAUUCGAGGAGUAUUUGAUUCGUCCGCGACAUUCCAAGGGACCUCCCUUAACGAUCAAUUGCUACCUGGCCCAAACCUUACAAACAACUUGAUUGGCCUACUACUACGAUUCAGGGAGAACGAAUUUGCUGCCGCUGCCGACAUAGAACAGAUGUUCUACUCAUUCCACGUGAAUGAAGGACAUCGAAACCUUUUACGCUUCUUCUGGUACAGAAACAACGAUCCCACUCAGGACCUUAUCGAGUUUCGUAUGAAAGCCAAUGUCUUUGGGAACAGCCCAUCACCGGCUGUAGCAGUAUAUGGUCUGAGGAAAAGUGUUGAGGGUGACGGCAUUGAUCAGGACGUUAAAGCCUUUGUCAAUCAGAACUUUUACGUCGAUGACGGAUUAGUCUCUUCUGAUUCCGAAGAAAGUGUCAUCAGUCUCCUGAAAAGAACUCAGAAUACACUGAAAGAGAAAGGAAAUUUGCGACUUCACAAGUUCAUUUCCAACAGCCCCAAGGUAAUGAGUUCCUUUCCUGCUCAAGAUCUCGGCAAAGAGAUGAAAAACCUGCAGCUGGACAAGGAUAAUCUCCCCACCCACAAGAGUUUGGGUCUCCUCUGGGACUUGAACACGGACAACUUCACGUUUGACACCAAUACCAAGACCACAGCGUGCACUCGACGAGGCAUUCUAUCCAUGCUUAACAGCAUCUACGAUCCACUAGGUUUUGCUGCCCCUAUCACAAUCCGUGGAAAGGUCUUGAUGCGAGAUUUGACGAAGGGAUAUGGAUGGGAUGAUUCUCUUCCGGAGGACGCCGUUGUGAAAUGGAACGCCUUUGAAAUGUCUAUCGCCAUGCUUCGUGAACUAUUGAUCCCACGCAUGAUUGUCCCAGUCUCCUUAAGUAGAGGACAUGGAACCGAGCUUCAUGUCUUCUGUGACGCUUCUGAACAAGCCGUGUGUGCCGUGGCUUAUCUGAGAACAUUGGACCAACAAGCUAACCAACAUAUGGGAUUUGUUCUAGGAAAGGCAAAGGUGGCCCCCACACAUGGCCACACAAUACCAAGGUUGGAGUUGUGUGCUGCCUUGCUUGGAACUGAAAUAGCAAAGAUGGUUGAGAAGGAACUAAGUGUAGACCUGAAGUCCACAAAGUUCUACACCGACAGCAAGGUGGUAUUGGGAUACCUUAACAACAAAAAGAAAAGAUUUUACCAGUAUGUGAGCAAUCGAGUACAGAGGAUUCUGGAUGCCUCCACCAGCGAGCAGUGGUUCUAUAUUGCCUCUCAAAACAAUCCUGCAGAUUGUGGCACGAGAGGUUUGAUGACUGCAGAGGAAGUGAAAGAAAAAUGGCUCACUGGUCCCAGGAGGACGGUUGGAUCGAGGUUGUUUGCCAUUCAAAGAAGCACAUCCUAUCAUCAUACCAAGGAGAGCUCAUAUUGCGGAUUUGUUGGUACGACACUUCCAUGA